AUGUCCAAUUUCACCUUGAGAAGAACAUCUCCCACAGGAAAUGAUAUGAGGACUACCACGCAGGGGACCACACUGAGGCAACAGGGUUUCCAGGAGGUCAACAAAAGAAGGACUUUCUUACAGGAUAACAGCUGGAUAAAGAAACGUCCUGAAGAAGAAAGAGAUGAAAAUUACGGUAGGGCGGUGCUCCACAGACAUAAUUCCCACGAUGCCUUGGACAGGAAAACAAAUGAGAGGGAAGAGCCAAAGGCCACAAUCAGUCGGUACAGAUCUGAUGACACUUUGGACAGGAUUUCAAACAGAAAUGAUGCUGCUAAAACAUAUAAGGCCAAUACCCUGGAUAACCGACUAACCAAUAGAAAUAUGUCCACGUUUCAACCACCAGAAGUGACAAAGACGCAACCUGGAGGUUUGUCCGGUGCAAACGCCACCAACACCCCAGCUUCCACCUCCACUACUACUCCUGUGAAGAAAAAGAGACAGUCCUGGUUUCCACCACCCCCUCCAGGUUACAACACCACCCCAAACACAGGAGCAAGCAGAAGGGAACCAACUGUUCACCCUCCGAUACCUCCAAAGCCCAGUUCCGCUGUUUCAUCUCCUAACCAGCUGAAGCAGGAUAAUAGGCAGAUAUAUCCAGCUAAACCAAGUGUAUAUACAGAAGCCAACAGAUCUGCUGAAAGAAGUAUAAGGAGUCAGGAUCUGGAGAACAUUGUCAAAGUGGCCACUUCGCUUCAGAAAACUAACAAGGGUGAAGAAUUGGAUAAUCUCAUCAAAAUGAACAAAAGUUUGAAUAGAAAUCAAGGUCUCGAUGGUCUCUUCAGAGCAAAUCUUAAGUCAGAAUUAACGGAGAAAAGAGCCAAAAGCCUUGAAAAUCUCAUGUUUGUGAAUACCCGGACAGAUAAAGAUGGCAAAGGAAACCAAGGCCUUGGAAGUCUUAUUAAAGUUAAUCAAAGGGCUGACAAAAUCGAGAAAGGAAGCCAAGAUCUCAAAGAGGUUAUUAAAGCAAAUGCCACGACAGAUCAGACAAGCAGAGGAAGUAAAGACCUUGAUAGCAUUAUCAAAGUGAAUCCCAAAGAAAGUGCAAACACCACUGGGAAGCAAGACCUCAAUGGGCUUAUUAAAGUAAAUCCUGAAACAAAUAAAAAUAUUAAGAGGGGCCAGAGUCUUGACAAUCUCAUCCAAGUGACCCCUGAAGUUAACAGAAGUAACCCAAGUUCCAAAAACCUGGAUAACCUCAUCAAAGUGAACCCAAGAACUGGGAAAAGUGUGCAAGGCGACCAAAGUCUUGACAACGUCAUCAAAGUGACUCCGGAAACAAACAAAACUAACCAAGGGAGCCAAGACCUGGACAGUCUUAUUAAAGUGACUCCCUCAGCAAAGAAAAACAGUGAACAAGGUCUUGAUGAACUUAUUAACGUAAGCCCCAAAGCUGUCAAAAACACGGCUAGAAAUCAAGAUCUUGAUAAGCUCAUCAAAGUGAAUCCUGAAAUUCUCCUCAACAAUCAAAGAAACCAGGAUCUCGAUAACCUCAUCAAAGUGAAUCCUGCAGUCAUCAGAAGCAAUCAAAGCCAAGCUUUAGACAAUCUCAUUCAAGUGAAACCUUCAGCACUCAGAAAUACUAAGCGAGACCAGAACCUAGAAAAUUUAAUUGAUAUAAAUUACAAUGUGUCUAAGAAUAAGAAUGAAAGGCAAGAUGGCCAGGUCACUGGAUCUACUGAGAAUUUAAUCAGCCCAUCCUCUAGAACAGCUGCCUAUGCUUAUGAAGCCAGGAAGAUACUCAGCUCCAAUGCUGAAACCAGGCAUGCAGGAUCAAAGGAUACAGUUGUGUACACAAGGACGUACGUGGAGAAUAGCAAAUCACCAAAGGAUGGAUAUCAGGAGACUGUCUCUGGAAAAUACAUACAAACUGUUUAUUCGACUUCAGAUAGGUCUGUCAUUGAGAGAGACAUGUGCACUUACUGUCGAAAACCCUUGGGCACAGAAACCAAGAUGAUUUUAGAUGAAUUACAAAUUUGCUGCCAUUCGACUUGCUUCAAGUGUGAAAUAUGCAAACAACCUUUGGAAAACCUACAAGCAGGUGACAGUAUUUGGAUUUAUAGACAGACAAUACAUUGUGAAUCUUGCUACUCUAAAGUUGUAGCGAAUUAUGUUAUGAUUGGCAUAUUUUUCCUGGACACAAGCGCCUACAUCUCAGAAUACCAGGCCCUGGAUUCUAUUACUAAUUAA